CUACUUUAGUCUGCACCUCCAAAACGGAUCCGUGCUCAUCUCUUUAUUUCUUUAUGGCUCUACAGCUCACAAACUCUCGAAGGGUCGCUAUGAAUACGAGGAAGAGAGAGCUUACCUCGCAAGACUAAACAAGGCAUUCAACACAAUGGAGUCCUUGCUUACUCUCUUAGCUUACUCAUGUCUCCUCUCAUUCCCAAUAGCUGUAUUCUUGUGCGUCAAGGCCACCUGGCCAAGCCCGAGGCUCCCUCCUGGCCCGUCAAGGCUCCCAAUCAUCGGCAAUCUUCAUCAGUUGGGUGAGCAUCCACACCGCUCGCUCCGGUUACUCUCGGAGAAGUAUGGUUCCCUCAUGAGCCUAAAGCUUGGUUUCAUACCAACCAUCAUCGUAUCCUCACGGGAGAUGGCCUCCGAGAUUCUAAAGACCCAAGAUCUCGUCUUUUGCACCAGGCCUCCCCUCGUCGCCUUCAAGCGAUUCUCUUAUGGUGGACGGGACAUGGGAUUGUCACCCUACAGCGAACAGUGGAGACAACUGAGGAAGAUUAGCAUGUUAGAAGUCUUCAGUGCAAAGAGGGUGCAAGCCUUUCAGUCCAUAAGGGAGGAAGAAGUGAACACCCUAGUACAAACUCUGUUAACGCAAUCCUCGAGUGGUCCUGUGAAUCUUAGUGAGAUGUCUUUCUGCCUCUUUAACAAUAUCACUACUCGAGAAAUCUUCGGCAGGAGGAUUUCGGGUGAUGGUGACUGCACGAGCAGCAAAUACCAUUCUCUCCUAAAUGAGAUGAUGUCUUUACUGGGAGGGUUUUUUUUAGGGGACUUCUUUCCUUCGAUGGAGUGGUUGGAUGUGCUCACCGGGACGAGAGCGAGGCUCAAGAGGAGCUUCCUUGCCAUGGAUGAGUUUCUUGAGGAGGAGAUCGAAAAGCACAUCCAUGGUGGAGGAAGCCCAGAUGACUUCAUUAGUGUUCUCGUCGGGCUUCAGAAGGAUUUAAGCCUUGGAUUCCCCCUCACCAGGGAUCAUAUCAAAGGCAUCGCCAUGGAUGUGUUUGUUGGUGGAUCAGACACCUCUGCAUCUAUCCUAGAAUCGGGAAUGACUGAGCUCAUGAGGAACUCAAUAGUUAUGAAGAAAGCACAAGAUGAAGUUCGAGGACUCCUUGGAAAUAAAGGAAAGGUGGAAGAGGGUGAUAUUCAACAACUACAUUAUCUCAAGCUCGUAAUUAAGGAAAUUCUUCGGUUGCACCCCCCCGCUCCAUUGCUAGCCCCUCGAGAAUGCAUGCAAGAUUGCAAGAUCAAUGGAUAUAACAUUCCUAAGAAGGUAAGGGUGUACAUAAAUGCAUGGGCUAUCAGCAGGGAUCCUCGACAUUGGCAAGAUCCAGAAGCCUUCAUCCCUGAAAGGUUCGAGAAUAAUGAUAUCAAUUUCAAAGGGCAACAUUUUCAGUUCAUACCUUUCGGGAGUGGCCGGAGGAUGUGCCCAGGGAUGUCAUUGGGUGUGGUUUCCGCAGAGCUUGCACUUGCCAAUCUUCUCUAUAGGUUUGAUUGGGACUUGCCUGGUGGAAUGAACAAAGAAGAUAUUGACAUGGAAGAGCAAUUUGGUUUGGUAGUUCGUAGGAGAUCACCUCUUAUUCUAGUAGCAACCCCAACAUCUUUCGUUACCUAGAGCCUCCUCCAUGAACCAAGCAAACUUAUCUUGACUAUCAUGGUUGAUUGCAAGUAUAAAGGAGGAUGGAUCGAUAAAAAUAUCUACUCUUAUGGCAAUAAAUAUGUUGGGGCUUUUGCCCAAUCUCUUCCAAAAGAAAAAGGACUACGUAUUAUGAAGGUGGUCAAUUUAUGCAUAUAUUUAUGUAUUUAUGUGUGUAUAUUAAGUAUGUAAUCAAUAUGCUAUUUUAUAC